UGAGAUCGAAUUCGAAAAUCGUCGCCCGUGUCGUGUCAAGCACAUUUUUCAAUCAUUAUAGACGGAAAUUAUACCAAAAAGGAAAAUAAUGAGGAGAACCGCCAGUGUACUCGUUUUAGUGUUUAAUAUCGAAUUCUUUUCGGUAUUCUUUCUGUCCGCGAUUGAUUUAAGAGUCUAUGGACGUCCGAUGCGAUGGACAAAAAGGGAUCUAUGUCAGGCAAUUCCCAGCCCGGCUGAUUUGGCUGCGGUUCCGCACAACGUGCCCUUAGAAAAUACUACUUUUGCUCCGUUAUUUCUUUAUAAGCAGAAGUUGGAGCUAGUCAACUAUUUUCAUCACAAGACCGUCUUUGUUUCAACCAUCGAGGAAUCAAACGCUCCAGUAGGUAUCUACAUACCCGAAGCUAGACAGGCAGACGCCGCAACUAUCCCGUCGAUCAGUGAAACCAAUAUUGGACGCUUUAAGAGCCCCAGUCCCGAUUUGGAAAUCUACAAAUGCAUCGAUACCGGUAUCCAAAUCGUAUUGAAGUUCGACGAUGAUGGGGUAGAUGACCACGGUGUGACUUUGGAAUGGCACCCGCCCAAUGAGGACUUUGGACCCGUAGAUAUUUACAUCACCAAAAUUAGUUACAAGAAGCUGAAACAUCGCAUUCGACGUCUUGGACAAACGUCCCGUGAUCGAUGAUCUCACACAUCUGUGGAAGUCGACGUCUAAUCAUUACAUCGGUCAGAGUCCAAAUCGUUAAGAGAUAUCAACUGAAAGAAUAUUGGGGGUUUUAUUUACCUAUAUUUUUUCUAUUUUUCUUUUGAAUACUCCCACGAAAUGUAGAUAACCCAUGUUUUCACCUGUUCCUGCCAACUCAAUAUUGCCCCCCCCCCCCACUCUCUCAUUGAUUUUUUUUUGUUAUAUUCAGUGUAAUCUAGAUACUCAACCUUUCGAAUAUUCGACCGAUCUCUUUUUUUUCCACCGCCACUUCUCUUUCUGUCUCAUCUCAUGCAGUUUUCUCUUUAACCCUCUUUAUCAUGAUCUCCCCUCCCUCUCCCCCCCCCCCUCUUGCUAUCUCUCUCUCUCUCUCUCUCUACCUCUCUCACACACACACACACACUCUUUCUUCCUCUCUAUUUCUAAUCCUUUCGUCUUCUCUACUCGUCUUGUGUUAAAUGUAUGCCUUUUUUUUAAUUCUGGCAAUAGAUUCACCACUUACCCUAGAUCUUCGAUUUUCCUUCUUUUUCAAUACAUUUUUCAUUCUCCGUCAAAGUUCAAUUUUAUUCAACAUUUUCUGUCAUAAAUCAUUUGAGUUUGGUUUUCCACUGGCUAAUAAAAACUCAAAUCACCUGUCAUUUGUACAGUUGUAGGAUAUAGGCAGAGAAAAUAAAUGUUAGCCCAAAUCUGAUUUUCACGAUUUUAGUAUCCUAUUAAACCCUUUGAACUGGAUUAAUAAAGUGAGGUGAAAUUGAUGUGACAACGCAAUAGUUUUUAAGAAGUAGGUGAUGGCUGUAAAUAAUAUGGAGUGUCAUAAACUGUCAUUGCAAUUGUAGGCCCACUGUUCGACUUCAAUAUCCAUUAUUACGGUUACAGAGUACUAGACAAAAAACAAAUGCAUCCACUAUCUAGCUCUCAGUGUUUAUGAUCCAUUUGCCUUUUACCAAUGUAAGCCAACAUUUCACAGUCUGAAGUCAGCUUCAUCUCUGCUCGUGAAAAGCUCUUUGCUCGCUCUUUAUCCCCCUACCCCUUUCUCUCUUACACACACGCACACACAUACACACUCCCCCAUGUACGCACACCCACGUUCCUCACACACUCCCUUUUGUAUCAUCACACACAAUCUUACACAGGGAUCCACGUGCAAUCCAACCCUGUACCAGCCUCACGCACACGCCAUCCUUUGCAUACACACACACACACACACCCUCACAUUUUUACUUUUCUCUUUUCUGUCUUUUCCCCCAUCAAUCUCCAUCCUUGCCAUUCCGUUCUUUUACUGUUCGACCUCUUACUCUAUUUCCGAUAGACUAGGGAUGCAUUUGUCGGAAUGCAUUUAUCUAAAUAUCAAUAAAAUGUCAAACUUCAAUAUCAAAAGUCAUUUCGCUAUAGAAUUUGAUGUUUGUCUGUACUUUAUAUGUCACAUUCCAUUGAAGGACGAAUUCCCGUAAUACUUUUUUUUAUUACACAAUCUACC